GUUCCUACGUAGCGAUAGCGAAUCUCUGGGAGAAUCCCAAUUUCCCUCUGCAACUUCACAUGUUGGGCUACGGCUUCGCAGUUUUCGUCGUUCCUUUCAUUUCUGAGCCGUUUCUGAGUAAGAGCAACCCCCUAGAUGCUGGCAAACUCCAACAGGCAUCGGUUUCCCGUAUUUACAUUCCCCAUGCCGGAAUCGGCGCGUUGUGCGUUCUACUAGGCAUUGCGCUAGCCAUAACUACUGCCUUGGUACCAUACCCGCCGAAACCGACGAUUGCCGAAAAAACCGACGCCGACACGUCUCCGAAAGAGCGUGAUAAGGUUUUUGAAACGACGCUAGUGAUCCUGUUGGCUGUGAUGUCAUUGUUCUGUGUGAGCCUGGAGAUGACCUUCACGGGGAUGAUCUCAUCGUUCGUUAUCCGAUCGGAUCUUCAUCUCACCAAAUCCGAUGGGGCGUAUCUCGGGGGCGCAUUCCGUGCGACGUUCUUCGUGGGGCGAAUUAUCAUCCUGAUCUUGCACAAGCUCCCGCUCACCCUCGUCAUUGUGUUCAACCUGGUUUCCGCCUUGGUAUCGUCGUUGAUUUUCGUGUUCUUCGUCCUGAGUUCGCCCUACGUGGUGUGGGUCGUGAACGCUGGACUCGGACUGGGUCUCUGCGCGAUCUUCGGUACCGACAUCGCUUGGGUCUGCCAAUACGUGACUCUGAAGCAUUGGCAUAUGGCAGCCUCCAUGGUCGUACAUUCCUGA